UAUCUACCGUACGCCGUACCAUCUACACUGCUAAUGUUACAAGUUACAUCCAUCCCAUCCCAUCCCAUCCCAUCCUAUAUGCAAACCCAAAUCGUACAACCCAUGCAUUUCCACCCUCACCCCGACCCCUGAUUCUUCUCAGCGUCCGGUCCUGGCUCCCGCUCCCCAGUCCCCGCCUCUUCGAUAGCCUCCCCAAUGAUCUCCUCCGGAUCCAGCUCCUCCACAAUCUCGAUGAUCGGCUCCUCCGGCUCUUCCUCGUGAUGCUCCUGCAAAUGCUCCUGCUCCUCCUCCCCCAGCAACUGCUCCUCGGCCUUCUUAUGUCUCUCGGCCGCCUCACGCAUGGCCUGCCGACGCCUGGCCUGCGAGUACGUAACAUACGUAAGCUUGUCAAGGAACUCGGUGAUCCUGUCCUCCACAAUCUCCUUGACCUUGAACGCCAUCGACUGGCUUUGGAACACGCCCUCAUAGCGAUAGCUCAGCCAGAGAUACAUGGUGAUAAUCUGGUGCAGCCGUUCGAGGCUCUGCAAGUAGGCUGGGUUGUUGAACAUGGUCAUCCUCGUUUCCUCGUCCAUGUCCAGAAUGCUCAGGUCGAUGCAGUCGAAGUCUAACAGAUGACCGCUCCCCAUCUCGGCAACGCACUUGGCAAACGCCUGGAGCGCCUCUCUCUGGCCGUUGCUCUCUCUGUCACGGGAUACCCGGAAGGAGACGGGGCAGUUGAGGAAGACGCAGCGGUCGGCGACGCUGAGGUUGUAUGGCUGGAUGGCAUCGGCGAUUUCGAGUGCCGUGUCAAAGUCGCAGAGGUGGAACCGUGGCGACAGUCUGGCCAGUUCCCGUAAUCUGGUCAGGACAAACGACGUGGGUGUUCUUGGGGGAAAGUAGGUAUGGAAGCGUUCGAUGAUGUUCGCCGGAGGGAACAGGCCGGCCGUCUCAAUGGGCUUUGCCUCUUUUUGAAAAGCAUUUUGGAUGUCCUGCAGAUCCCGAAAAUCAAACGCCGUCACCCAUCCAGUGUUGGAUUCCACCUUUGCUUCCACCGCUUCCUCUCCACCGGCAGCACCCUCUUGCGCGGAAGCAAUCUCGGCGGAAGCCGUCCUGUACCGACCAGCGCGGCCGCCGAUCUGUUUGAUUUCGGGAACGGUCAGACUUCGCACUUUGUUGCCGUCAAACUUGGAAGAUGACUCAAAGAUGACUCGUUUGAUCUCCAGGUUCAACCCCAUGCCGAUGGCGUCGCUGGCGACCAGGUAGUCGUACUCGUUAUUUGGAUCGUUGAAGAGCGCCGCCUGUUGAGCUCUUGUUUCCGGAGGCAGACUGCCGUACACGAUGGCGCAUCUCUUUCCGGUUGCCUGCUCGAUACCGGCCUUGAGCUUGUGCAGUGCGACACGGCUGAAGGCAACGACCGCAUCGCCUUUUUCCAGAUUCCUAAAGUCUCCACGAAGAGACUUGGACAUGGUCUCGAGCGGGUUCAGGCGCUGGUACCGGUGAACGAUGCACCUGUCGCCGAUCCUGGCGCAGAGGUCCUGGAUCAGCUCGACAACUCUGUCCUCUCCGCAGAGAUGAAGCUCUUUGGCUUGCAGGCCCAAAACAGCCUGUGUCCAGGCCCAUCCGCGGUCCUCGCUGGCGAUCAUUUGAAUCUCGUCAACGACGGCCACAUCUACCGGUUUGUUCAGGGGCGACAUUUCGACCGUGCAGCUGUGGAACCACCUGUCGACGCCCUCGGGUAUCCUGACCUCUUCACCCGUGACUAGAGCGCAUGGCUUGCCCUUGGCUGCAAACCGUGACCAGAUCUCAUGGGCCAACAGCCGCAACGGCCCAGCGUAUAUCCCCGUCUUGGCGCCUUCCAGAGCCUUGAGGGCGUUUGGCUUUCGCAAAACAUGUGUCGAGCGCCUUCUUGAAGAGGCCGAUCGAGCUGUCGAGCUGCACCUGGUUGUUGACGCCAAAGGCCCGCCAAUCCUCCUGCCGGUCCCUAUAAUCGCCCAUCUCUCGCAUCACCUUGUUCACCCUGGCGUUGACGAGCACCUCAAACAUCUGAUAGCUACGCUUCUGGCUGAAGGUGGACUUGUUCUUACUGGGGCGGCCGCCGCGGGACGAGGAUUCGCCAUGGUCGAGGCUGUCUUUGAGCUGGUCGAGGCUGUCGUUGAUUUCGUGGUGCAAAUUUAUAAUGUUCCUCUCACGCUCCCUGGACUUGGACGACGAGUUGGCCGCUUUUCGCCACGGCGACGGCGCGGUGGAAAACGCUGCUGCGGACACUGGUGGUGUGCAUUUCGGCCACUUGUAGGCAUUCCUGAGCAGGGCGUUCAUGUCGGGAGCGUGGGUUUCGACACCAUCCUCCUGGGGUACGUGCGCAGUCUCUCGCUGACUCCCCGUCUAAAUCGGCCGCUCGUUUGUUCCCCGUAAACUCGGUCGUUCGUGGUUGUAUAACAAUCGUCGGGGGGUGUCAGUGGUGGCGGUUCACGUCCCAAAACAAAAAGUUGUUAUCUUAUCGGAGAUUUUCAACUUCCUCUUCUGCCAAGACACGCCCCCAUGGUGGCAGGGACCAGGGCUUGGCGUUUCCAACCGUUGGGUAAGGGUUUCCACCGUGCGGAACUGCCAACGCUUCGUCAUUGUGCAUUCCCCAGACACAACCCCCCGAUUCGUAGACUUGUGAUCAUCAAUCGCUCGCUCACAUCAUACACCCGCAGUAGCUUCGAUUCUUCAUCGGCGCGUCCAUAUAAAUCCGGCAAUCAAUCAAUCAACCCGCAAGCUUCUCACCAAGCCAUCGCCACCACCGCUGGAUAGACCACAACCACCAUCAAAAUGGCCUCCUCAUCCACCUCCACCCCCCUCCUCUACUCCUGCAUAUCCUACUCCUCCACCCUCCUAACCGAAUCCUCCACCUCCUCCUCCCCCAACCUCCCCCAACUAGCAACCCUCAUCCUCCCCAAGAUCGACCACUCCACCCCCCAAAAGCUAACCUACACCCACGGAACCUACCACAUCAACUACAUCUCCGAGUCCCCCCUCCCCCUCACGUUCCUCGUGAUAUCCGACUCGUCCUCCGUAUCCCGACGCAUCUCGUUCAACUACCUCACCGCGAUCCGAACUAAAUUCCUCGCCGCCUACCCCCCUCAAUCAACCGACCUCGCCACCCUCCCAAACUACGGCUGCGCCUCUCUGAACUCUGACCUAAAGAGGCUCAUGAUUGAGUACGGCACCAACAAUGUGAGAGGAGAAGACAACGCCGAGCAGGACGACGCCAUUCGUACCGCCCAGAGGGAGAUCGAGGAUGUGAGGGGCAUCAUGACGAGAAACAUUGAGGGCCUGUUGGAGAGAGGGGAACGCAUCGACCUGCUUGUCGACAAGACCGAUCGCCUGGGCGGGUCAGCAAGGGAGUUUCGCGUGAGGAGCAGGGGGCUGAAGAGGAGAAUGUGGUGGAAGAAUGUGAAGCUGAUGGGGCUGUUGGGGUUGGUUUUGGUGUUGAUUAUUGUGACGGUGGUGGUGAGUGUGAAGAAUAAUCUUCCUUAGGGUUAUGCCAUCACACUGUAUUCCUGUACAAGCAAUAUUUUUUUUUCUCUUUUUUAAAUCGUGUGGGCGGAAGAAGGGGUGAUGGGAAGUUUUGGGUUUGGGUUUGGUUUUGGGAUGGGUAUAAGCAGGCGAACUCAUGGGUUUCAAAUUGUGUUGUCUGAGUUUGGGAAUGUUUUGUUCUAUUAUUUCCUUGCCCGUGGUAUAUUGGCUCUCUCUUUUAUGAUGUUUGUCCUCUUGCUUAUGAGCUUGGGUUGUACUUGUAUUGUACUGAUAUUAUCUAUACACGCGUCGUUCGUUGCCUUG